GAGAGAGAGAGAGAGAGAGAGAGAGAGAGGUACAAAAAUGGAAGACAUGCAGGGUUUUUACUUGGAAAGCAAACGCAAGCACAGAAAAGAGGAGCCCCAAAAGGAAGAUGCUUUGUCUCAAUCCGCAGUUUAGUAUUUAUGACUCCCAAACCUUCAUUUUCCCAAAUUCCAACCCCCACCAUUCUACCCUCCUUCCUCCUCCGUUUCCGCCCCUUCUUCCUUCUCUCUACAAAAUUCCCUCCCAAUGUCUUUUCGUCUUCUUCCCCGCUUCCCCACACCGGGCCUUCCACGCUUCAUAGCUUUUUGCUACUGAAUCCCUCCUCCCUUCUCGCUUCCUCUCCACCGAAUAUUCCCUAAAAUGGCCGCCACCAACACCAAUGUCGCCACCGGCGUCGACGACCGCGUUUUGGCCACUGCGCAGCAGAUCGUCAAGAGCCUCAAUACCCCUAAAGAGGUUCGUGAGGACAUGCUCUUGAUUCUCUCCAAUUUCGACAAUCGCCUUUCCAGUAUCGGUAGCAUGAUCAACAGUGACAACAACUCCAACACCGAGAACGAUAGGUUGGACGCCGCCGAGAAGGUGAUUCUACGUUGGGAUCCUAAUUCAGAUGUACCGAGACCGUCGCUUAAUUGGGAGGACUCGCCGGACGAGGCGGCUGAAUAUUUAUCUGCGGUGGAUGAUAUACGCCGGCUAGUUGAAGACCUGUCAAUUGGGUCCGAGUCGACCAAGAUCGUUGCCCGGGCGGAAAACGCGAUCCAAAUGGCUAUGUGUCGGCUCGAGAGCGAAUUUCGCCAUAUCCUGAUCCAGAGCACAGUUCCUCUCGACGCCGAUCGGCUCUAUGGCUCGAUCCGAAGAGUUCACCUCUCAUUUGCGUCCCAUUACAGUGAAAUUGACGACGAAUUCGAGAGUUUCGGCGAGGAAAGUCGCAAUUCCGGGCGAUUCCAUGAGCGAGGUGCGACAAUUGGAGAAGAUUCUUGGGUCGAUUUGAUCCAUCCCGAUGCGGCUGUUGAUCUCUCGGAAAUUGCGGACCGUAUGAUUCGCUCUGGCUACGAAAAGGAGUGUGUUCAAGUCUACAGCACCGUUCGUCGCGAUGCUUUGGACGAGUGUUUGGCAAUUCUUGGCGUCGAACGGCUCAGCAUUGAGGAGGUUCAGAAAAGUGACUGGAAAUUUCUAGACGAGAAGAUGAAGAAAUGGAUCCAGGCCGUCAAAAUUACUGUCCGGUUGAUUUUGGUCGGUGAGAAGAGGCUCUGUGACCAGAUUUUUAGUGGCGCCAAUGAAUCCCAGGAGAUUUGUUUUAACGAAACAGCAAAAGGGUGUGUAAUGCAGCUGCUAAAUUUCGGUGAGGCAGUGGCUAUUGGGAAGAGGUCACCGGAGAAGCUGUUCCGAAUCUUGGAUAUGUAUGACGCUCUGGCUGGCGUCUUGCCACACUUGGAAGCCAUGGUUUCCGAUGAGUUUCUGAUCAGUGAAGUACACGGAGUAUUGUCUGGACUGGGAGAAGCAGCCACGGGAACUUUUGUAGAGUUUGAGAACGCUAUUCUUAGCGAAAAUUCAAAGAAGGCAAUGCAAAAUGCCGAUAUUCACCCGCUCAUUCGAUAUGUAAUGAAUUAUGUUAGGCUGCUGGUUGAUUACAGUAAGACAAUGAACUCUCUUUUAGAAGAUGAGGAAGAACAAGACAUGCCAAAUGAGAAGGAUAACGAUGAUAUACUGCAGUUGGAAAGCACGUCGCCUUUGGCUCGUCGACUGUUCAUGUUGUUAUCGUCUCUAGAGUCCAAUCUUGUGGAAAAAUCUAAAUUUUAUGAGGAUGUUUCUAUGCAGUUCAUAUUCCUAAUGAACAAUAUACUGUACAUAGUGAAAAAGGUGAAAGAUUCUGAGCUUGCCCAGCUGCUUGGCGAUAACUGGCUUCGCAGGCGUAGCGGCCAAAUUCGCCAAUACGAAACCACUUACCUUAGAGCCUCUUGGAGCAAAGUCUUGUCUUGCUUAAAGGAUGAAGGCAUUGGUGGGAGCCCAAGCAACGCCUCCAAGGUAGCUUUGAAGGAGAAGUUCAAGAAUUUCAAUGCAGGUUUUGAGGAAAUCUGCAGGGUUCAAACAGCUUGGAAGGUGUCGGAUACUCAACUGCGCGAUGAGCUGAUCAUAUCGGUUUCGGAGAAGGUGAUUCCUGCGUACCGCUCGUUCUUAGGAAGGUUUAGAAAUCAGUUGGAGAGCGGAAGGCAUUCUGGGAAGUACAUAAAGUACACGCCAGAGGAUUUAGAGAACUCUCUAUCAGAUUUGUUUGAAGGAUCACUUGCUGUAUCACAUCACUUGAGAAGAAAGAGUACUUGAAACAAAUCCAGACUUGAAACUGUUUGAUGGGACUUUAUAGAAGUUGAGAUAAAAAGUAGAAGGUAUUAUGGGCGAGUGAGGGUGACAUUUUCUUAGCCGCAAGUGGCGACUGGCCGUGAGUUAUGUUCUCCGGGAGAAGCUCAGCCAUUUAGUUAUUUGGGUGUUUUGCUGGGCCUCUGAUUUUCACCCAACAACCGCCACAAUUCCCCACUCCCAUUAAGUUUGGGGAACAAGUGAGUGCAUUCAGUUGCACACAGCUAGCCAAUAUGGCAAUUCAUUUGGUCAGAUGAAGCCAUCAGCUCAAUUAUUAUUCAAUGACAGCUUUUCCAUCCCAUCAUUUGAUUUUCAAAGCUCUAUUACCUCAAAGUUGUUAACAUUAAAAACUUUGUUAACAUAAUUUUACUCUUCAUUUCAAACA